AUGACUACACAAAGCAGACGAUCCUUCAGGAGCGAGUCCGGCUUGCCCUUUCAGCGUAUCGUCGUCUUUGGUGAUUCUCUCAGCGAUUCUGGAAACACGCACAAGCUCACCAAGGGCGAAUGGCCAAAGGACGAGCGAUACUACAAGGGUGCGUUCAGCAACGGCAAAGUAUGGCCGCUCCUCCUCGGCGAGCGUUUCGGCAUCGAAGUCGAGAACAGAGCGUUCGGCGGGGCGACGGCAGACAACAAGCUCGUCCAAGGCAAGACGGGCUACUACACCGACAUCCCUGUGCCUGCGCUGGCAGAUCAGGUCGACACCUACCUCGCCUCGUCAAAGUCGCAUCUCUUGCAUGCUUACCCUCGAGCUGGUGCUGCACCCAAGGGCGAGACCCUCUUCUCCAUCUGGGUCGGCGGCAACGAUGGAUUCCUGCAGCCAGAGAUUGGCGGCGCGACCAUCUUCAAGGCCAUCGAGCGCUCCAUCAUGAAGCUCUAUCGUGCUGGUGGUCGUCACUUCCUGCUCUCGACUCAAUCAGACGGCAGUCCCUACUCGGCAGCCUACAAUCGGCAGCUCGCAGAGAGCAUGCACAAGCUCACGGAUACCCUCGGCAACAUACACUUCGCGGUGGCAGACAAUGCCUCCCUGCUGGCUGACAUUGUCGGCGAUCUAGGCAAGUAUGGCUUCGACUCGCUCUCUCCUUGCAUCACGGGCAUCUACGAGAACGAGAGCUACAACCCGGCAGCAGUCGAGGGUGCCAACAUGGUUCUCGAGCAGAGCCAGGCACUCCAGCGGACUGCAAGUACUUGUGUCGCCCAUCCGGAGAGACACGUCUUCUGGGACAUCUUCCACCCGUCUGCGAGGCUGCAUCAAGUUCUCGCAGACAACACUUGUGCUGUCGUCCUCAAGCGCUGGGGUGUCGCCAGCGUCAAGCCCAGCCAGUCUGCUCUCUCGCCGGUCGGAGAGCCCCUUCCCAUCUUUGACUUGUAG